UGGAUGAAUGUCGUACUCGGUUGGCUUGGCCGGUGGCGGUUUUGUUUAAACUAAGAUUACUCUGAUCAGGAUGCCAAUAAUACUGCGGAAAAUGACUGUAAGGUACCUCGGAACGGUACAUGAUGGUUCUUACUCUGCCAAAAUGUUUAACUUCACGUAGUCCGAGGCGUGUUUGAAUUUUUCCAACUCCGAUGCCAGUCUAACGGAACUUGUGCGGCCGACCGAUGGGUUUCAAGUAUGACGCUCUCCGGAGCGAUCUUGCUGAAAUGGGCUACACGGAAGCCUUCAGCCUCGAGUCUGCGCCUCUGGUGGCUCGGUUGUGGUCGGACCUCUGUAGCUACCAGGAACAGAGCGUGGAUGCAAACACGGCUCUGCGAAGGACGGUGCAGGAAAGGCAAGAGAAAGAGGACCUGGCAGAGUGUUAUCGAAAGGAGAGCGCCAAAGCACUCGCCGAGGUGAAUCGCCUGCACGCCUGCGUCAUGCAGUUAAAAGAGAAAAACACUGAUAAACUGAAGGAUUUGGAAAAUAGGCUUCGUGAAGCCGAACACUAUAAAAAGAAGUUUGAGUUUGUGAAAGCGGACUGUGUAAACAAGAUAAAACAGCUUGAGAAAGAACUGCAGCUGAAAUCGGACAGAAUCCUGCAGCUGCAGUCAGCACUGUCAACGCAAGCAGUUGUUCAUGUCACAGAUGCUGCAAAAGUACCUCCGUCCUAUCGAACUCAAGGCAUUGAACUAACCUCGUUACUGCCAAGGCAGCAUGGACAGGCUGGACGGAAACCAGGGCCCCAAACAGUUGUACGAGAUGCCCAAGAAAUCGACAUUAUUCGGAUGGCUGACACGAGAAUCCACCAGCUACAACAUGAACGAAGAGAUCUCAAGGAAUCACUGUAUCAGUCAAGAGCUUCUGCGGACUUGCUACAGCAACGAGUUGAAGCGCGAGAUGCUGAAAUUGAGCGCCUUACAAGGAUUCUGAGGGAGGGCCUUCCGCACACUGCAUUGCAAGAUGGAUGCAGCUGUGGCCAAAAAUUGCAGCCUCAAGCUGAUGAAGAUGGAAAGGAUGCCUCCACAAACCAGCGCUCCAAUGAGCCCCAGAAGUCAGCCUCUGGCAAACAACCGGUGAAGCAGGUUCGCAAAGUUAAUUUCGGUCACCUGCAUCGGAAAACAGAUCCACGGGCAAGAGACCCAAAGUCAGUAAAAAGCAAACGUCCAACAAGUGCCACUAGGCACGCUGACCAACAAUCAAAAGGCGACACGCUUGAGGAGCAGAUACAAGCGCUGGAAAACGAAAAGAAAAAGCUGCAGGAACGAGUGAAAGAACUGGCUAGUAAUGAACGACAGCUUCUCCUCGAGAUACAGGGCCUGCUAGGCCAACAAGGGACAGUCGGCUGCCUCAGACAGCAGUGCAGAAUUGCGUUCCUUGAAGAGGGAAGAGACCACUACAAGGAUGAGUUGAUGCGAUUACAUCAGGUGCUCAAGUCUGGAAACACACGACAUAAACUACCAUCAUCAAGUGGUAGCGAAAGUGGAAACCAGACCGAUCCCAAGAAUCUGCAAGCAAGCCAGCCGUCUGCAGAAGAUGAGCAGUUGUUGAGUCGGCUGGAGUUGCUCCAGAGGGAAGUCGACAAGCUGACAGCCACAGUGGAGAACCUGUCCAAGCAGCGUGAUCACUUGCUUGUGGAGAGGGACAGCCAGGCUCGCCAGCUUGCCCUGCUCACUGAAAAACUCAAGGAAAAGGAUAAAGAUACACAGACUGCCCACUUCACAUGCCGAGCUACAGAAUCACACAUCGACAAGCUGCAAGACAACCUAAACAGCAAGGAGAGUGAUGUCGUGAGACUCACAUGCCGAGUGAAAGAGUUGGAAGCAGAAGCUGCAUCAGCAGCCGAGUCCCAUUCCCACCUCCUGCAAGAAAACCAGAGGCUUCAUGAGAACUUAACACUUGUGGCGAAAGAGCACAAGAACAUGGCAUCUGACUUGGAGAAUGCUGUACAACAGAAGAAAGACCUUGAACUUCAAAUCCAGGAGUAUGUGAUUAAAGUGGCCAAAAUAGAAGAGCUCCUGCGUACAAGGGAUCGAGAGAGGGAAGAUCUUUUGGACCAGUACCGGUCCCUUAUCUCGGCCAACGCUGAUCUGCGGACUCAGGCCGAGCAGAGCCAGAAAGAACAAGACAGCAGUGAUGCCACACUCAAUAGCCUGCGUCAGCAGCUUGCACGACACAUGAGUGUGACGACAGAGCAGGAGCAGAAGUUGGCUUCACUGGGAGCAACUGUGGCAGCCUUGCAAGAGUCCCUGCAGCACAGCGCUGCCGAGGGAAGUCGGCUGAAGGAGGAACUUCAGAAGAGCUCAGACAUGCGUGCAAGGCUCGUCGAGCAAGUGGAAUCACUUCAGGACCAGCUCGCCAAAGAACAAACUGUCAACAAUCAAAUUUCUGGUCACUUGAGGCGCCUAGAGGACGAUCUUUCUCUGGCACGUACCGAAGCAGCUACGGCUCGCUCCGAUGCAACCAGUCUGGAGCGCUUGCUUGCCACAUCUCGGGAGCAGCGCUGCCAGACAGACAUUGCCCUCGAAAGGCUCUCUACCGAGAUGGAAAACAUGAAGCAGGAGGUGCAAGCAGGAGCCACGAGCAGGGCAGCCCAAAAUGAGGAGAACAGUUUUCUCAGAAGCAAGCUGUCAGAGUUUGAGCAUGCCGUGGAGCAACUAAAGCAACAAGUCAUCAGUGAGCAAUAUGAAAGGGAGAAGUGCAAGGAAGAGUUGAAACGACUGCAGCAACAAGCAGCCAAUGGACUGCACGGCAAACUUACACUGCACGGUUUCACAGGUUCAUUACAGACGAGGCUCAACUUUAGCCCAGAAAACGGAACCAGGCCUCCGCAAUAACCUGACUUUUUGUCAUGGAAGCUUCACCAUAGAAGGCACAGCACAUGCCAUUUGAACAGUGUGUGUUUUACAUAGUUUCGAAACCAACCCACUCAUUUGUACAGAAAAUCAUUUGCCAUCACCAUACCUUCAUAUUUCUUUUUACUGCGACUUUCUUGAUGCAUGGCUAAAUGUUUUGCACUGUAGUAUAUCUCUUCUUGCUAGACCCAAGUGUGGCUUACAUUAGAUUUUUUUUUAUACUUGACAAUAAAUUUUAGUAUGUGAUGUCCUCUGUAUCUCAACAUGCGAUAGAAAAUAGCAGAACUAUUUGAACAUUCAAGAGCAUUUUUAAAAAUGAGCACUAGUGCUCUCCAUACCGCUUGUACACCAGCCACAUUCAAUACCUCAAUGCAUAGUUUCCUCUAAAAUUACUAGAGGAAACUGGCUCUGAUCAUUUGGUUACCAUGGGAACAAUGGGUACUAGUACAUGGACUUCUCCAUCACCAUGCAUUCUUGUGGCUUAAUAAAAUACCUGCCUUUUUUUUUGCCUUAGUUCCCAAGCAAUCAUUCUAAACACACAAAGGCAGUAAGCCUCUUUGCAUUCACAUAAUGCAUACGCUUGCAUUUAUUGUGCAACAUUUCAUUGAAUAUGAUCAAUUUGCAAAGCCAUUUGAAGCCAGAAGGACGAAGUAUAGGCACAUCCGUGUACAACCCGUAUGCUGGCUGAACCACCAUAUUUGUAGCUUCCCCAGAAACUAGUGCCAGGUUUCCCCUCUAGUAAUCAUUGUAGGAGACAGCUACAAAUAAAAUUUCAGUCAAAGGCACAUUUAUAAAUGGGAUGCGGAGAGAGAAAUAACUUUAUGCAAAACAGUACAUUCUGCAAUUGUCUUCCCUCAAUUCUAUUACCAUUACAACACCACAGGAAGUGGCCAAUAUGUGCAAUAAAAGCGGUAGCAGGGUAGCCAAUGAUUAAGGGAAAAAGGAAGGCAAGGCGAAUCCUUACAAAAGCUGUCCCGUACAGAAUAAUUUGGUGCAAAGCCAUGUUUUGAAGGUACAAUGUAGAGCACUGCUCCAUUUUAUUCAUAACAUACUACACAAGUCUAAACAUACAUUAAUAAAGAACGCGAUCUGUAGUAUAAACAGUAUGUACAUGGCUCUGAAGGCAGAGUUCCCAUAAAUACAAGCGUCAGUUGUGAUCGUAGUUUGUGGUUCUCCACACUGCCAAUGUGGAGUGCGGCUGAGUUGAGUAGAUUGGCCAGGAUUGCAAAUCACAGGGAAAAAAAAGGCACCGGGUGUGUACGCAGCGUCCUCGGCUCAGGACGGAUUGGCGAAGAGUAGCUCAAUGGCAAAGCCGGCGUCAUACACCUUCCACGUCUUCGGCUUGUGAGGGUUAUCAAGAACAUCUCUUGGCAAGAACAGCCUAAGACAGUCAAGGACAACAAUUAAAGAGCUCAUACAAGCCUUUACAAAAGCCUUCGUAACAGUCAAUCACUCAACAGCAUGUUCCAUCGAGUUAGCUGGCCGAGUACUAUGUUUGCUGCUUACUAUGAAGGUAAGGGCACAAAUUACUGUCAUGAGACUAUCAAAAAUGUGCAUUCAGGUCACUAGCCAUACUUUAAAAGAGCUACAAAAGACCACAAAACAUGGCAGUGUUCCCCACCAGAAAUUGAGUCUCCUCCAGUUCAUGUAAUUGUUGAGACAAAAAAAAUAUUAUAUUGCAUUUUAAUAUACCAAAGGCUCAACCUAGAAAGUUUGGAGAACUUUAUACUCUAAAAUAGUCCAAAUAAAUAUUCAUGAAGUCACACUGACAUGCCUCUGCUGUGAUUUGGGUAUGGAAUUCAAAUAGAGGAAGUCUGGCCUUUGUUUUCUCUUAGUAGUCCAUUUCCAGUCUACAGUUAUUUCUUUAGUGUCCCUUUAACACUAAAGUCUGCACACAUUUUGUAUGCGAUAAUGAUGCUUUAGCUAUAGCCUCUUGUAUUAUUGCAAUGCGUGACUAGUUGUGCUAAAAUUGUGGAAGGAGCAUGUCCUUUAGAGGGCAACUCUUUCCAUAUGUUAGCCAUGCUGUGGGGUGUAGUUAGGAUGAUGGCGACAAUCUUUCACUACUUGUCACCACUGCUCAGGGUUAUGCACUCAAGCAGAAGUGGAGCAGGACACAGUGCAAGUCCGUGGGGCUCUAGCAAUGACAGGCAUGAAAUAUCCGAGGCAGUAAUGCCACCAUAGUGGACCAGUGGCUCCCAUGCACGUUCGCACAACUGGGCAGGCAUUCUAAGAACACGGGAGGUUAUGCUCCAGCUAUCAAAAUUGUCUGAAUUUGAGCCAUUUGGUAAACAAACAUUGUAAACUCAGCUGAAAUGAGAAUUGGGAAACACGCAACUACAAGGCACACUAAUGCCAACUGCAUCUGGAGAUCAUUGGCAUCAUCUGACCUUUGCACCUUUGCAGUGCGCAAGAAGCCUUUCCUUUCCCACUGAACACACCCUCUCCAUUCUUUAGUAUCUAUGUGCACAUUUUGCUCUGAAUAAAGUGCAGGUGAUAGCCAGCA